UAAUCCCCACAACAAACACUUGGUAUGAUUAUUGAUUUGAUUCUUUGAUUUUCUACCGUGUGCAGCUGCAGGUCUGUAGCGCCCCACUGUGGCAGGAAACGGCAUCGUCGCCCACUGACGCUGAGCUUGGUUUGGAGUAACCAUGGCAACGCGAACACCGGUUGCGUUCACUUCAGGAACAACUUGAAAGAAGAGAUAGAAGGAGACGUUCGGUGAAGUUAAAUUAGACGUGUUUUGAGCUUCUCCCCCACCUUAUUUCCUUGCUUCCUCGUUUCCUUGUUUCUUUUGAAGACAUGGACUCGUCGGUGAUCCUUCCUGGAGAAGCAGAGGGAGUCGUUCAAAGUCUGCAAACCUUCACUCUCAAAGAGGUCGGCUCGCCCAGGUGGUUCAGACAGCACGAGCACAUCGAGAAACUCAACAUGCAGGCGAUACUGAAUGCCUCUGCCAUGCAUGAUGAGUUUAUCAAGGAGCAACUGGUAUCAUACGGAAAGAUCCCGCUUCUGGUCCACGAGAUGAUCCUCGUCGAAGUGUGGAAGCACAAAGUGUUCCCGGUCCUGUGUCAGCUGCAGGACUUCAAUCCUCGCAGCACAUUUCAUCUUUACAUGGUGAUCCACCAUGAAGCCACAAUAAUAAACCUGCUGGAAACAAUCAUGUUUCACAAGGAUUCAUGUGAGGCAGCUGACGACUCUGUUCUCGACUUGGUGGAUUACUGUCAUCGCAAACUCACCUUGCUGGUCAGCGGAACGGCCAGGGAGGACAAGGCGGCAGCUCAUGGGCAACACGAGCAGACGGCGAAAACAGACGUUUCCUCUAUCGAGGAGUUGCAGAUCCACAGCACCGCACUCGAGUUUGAGAUUUCCCUGAAGGCCGUGUCUGUGCUGCGCUACAUCACAGAUCACACCAGCAGUAUCAGUGUUAUCAAUCGCAUGCUGUGCACCCAUAACAUACCAUGUGUGCUGGUUCAGCUGAUUCUCUGCUGCCCGUGGACCCGCUGCAGAGAAGGUGGCGUGGAGAAGUACAUACACAGCAAAUGGCAGAAGAUCAAUGUGGAGGACCAUUUAAAGAUGACGAAACAAGAUGGACAGGUCUGGAUUUCCCUUUACAAUCUGCUCCUGAGGGAAGACUGCCAAAGAAAAUAUGACUUCAACAGUUUCAACAAGAACUGGCUUUUAAAGCUCCGUGGUUUCUUGACUGAGGUGCUGGUCGACCAGCUGCCAAAUCUGGUGGAGCUGCAACGUUUCCUGGCUCAUCUCUCCGUCAUGGACCCAGCUCCACCAAAAAAAGAGCUCAUUUUGGAACAGGUCCCAGAAAUGUGGAACCACAUCGUAAGUGAGAAUUCUGGAAAGUGGAAAGCCAUCGCAAAGUACCAGGUGAAAGAAACAUUCAACCCGUCCGACAGUGACCUGAGACUGCAUGCACAGAGGCUGAACCAAACCUACAACUGGGACGUGAUGGAGACUUUACUCCCGGAAAAACCAAAGUGUGGCUCCUGUGGGAAAGAGGCUACAAAGAGAUGCUCUCAGUGUCAGGGAGAAUGGUAUUGUCACAGAGAAUGUCAGGUGAAGCACUGGCCUAAACACAAGAAACAGUGUCAGCUCCUGGCUGAGGCCACAGAGCGAAUCCAGAAGGACCUGAACGUCAACAGUUGAAGGAGAAAUUGUUAAGUAUGUGGAAGGAUGGCUGGUAGAUGUGAGACGGGACCCUAGAUACACACAGUGUGACGAGAACAGACGUGCAAUUCAGAUGAUUUCACAUUAUUAUGAUGAUGCUUCUCUAUUUUUUACUGCUACAGAACUCUGGUGUUGCUUGUUUUGUCUUGUAAUAAAAUUGUCAAAUAUGA